AUGAAAAGCGAAGAGCCAGGACCGCAUCUCGACUCCCCAUUCUUCUUUGCUGCACGCCUGAAAUACUCCGCAACAAACGUCAGCCCCGGGGUCGGCGCGAGUGACGUCAACCCCAUGAGCGUCGAAGCCAGUCUUUUCAGCCCCGGGGCCAGCGCCUGUGACGUCAGCCCGAGGCCCAGAGCCAGUGUUCUCAGCGCCAGCGCCGAAGCCAGUGACAUCAGUCCAGCGCCCGGGUCCAGCCAGCUGUGA